GCAUAAAUACUUGAGCAGAUAAAGGCAAAAACUUGCAGUUUACGGGAAACAAAACUCGUUGCCUUCGAACAGCACUUCUUGGUGUUUUCCCCCUUCAAAUAUUUUCUAGCUGCUAUGGAAUAGCUUGUUUAUAUCUAAUAGAACACUAAACAGCCUGAAAGAAGGCAAAGGCUGCCCACAGCUCAUAGCUGGGCGUCCCUGAGCGCGAGCUCGCGUGCGAAAUGGGGACGAAUACAGGUGUAGAAGUACGGAUAGGAUGGGAGGAAAGCGAGCAGAAGGAGUUCCUCAAAGCCAUCCGGCAACCCCUUAUGGUCCAGACGCCCCUCCAGCUCGUCGUGGAGCAGCUCUUUCAGCGCAUCCAGUCCCAAGCGGCGUACCUGAACCAGAUGAAGGAAAAGAUGGAGCGGAUAGCCGUGAAGGACGUGACGGCGGAUGAGCUGCUGGAGCGCAUAAGGCUGCUCGAGUCCAAACAGGGCGAGGCGGCCGGGCCCAAACUGGACCCCUUCAACCAGCAAGAGAUCCUAUCGCGACUGGAGGCGCUGGAGAACAAGCUGGCAGACCAGGCGGCGGCCAGGUCCGAGUGGGCAAGCAGCGGCGAGGGCAUGGCCGACGUGGAGUCCCGCCUAGCCCGACUGGAGUCGCGGCUGUCGGGCGUGUACAACCUCAACGGCAAACUGCUGGCCCUGGAGCAAAUCGCCGGCGGCCUGGGCGUGGCCGUGCCAGACCUGGAGUUCCCCACAGGCGGCGGCCCGCCGCCGGCCGGCGUGCCGCCGCUGCAGCUGGCGGCGUGGCGGCCACCGACGGCGCCAGAGGAGCAGGCGGCGGCGGCGGCGGCGGCAGGGGCGGCUGCUGCGCCGCCGCCUCCGGCGGACGAGCUGUGGCCUUCGGCCACCAAGCUCGGCGUGGCCGCGCGCGGCGCCAGCGCGGCGGCGGACGGCGCCUCGGCGGCGCCCGCCGCAGCGCCGCCAGCCGGUGCGGCCUCCCCCGGCACAGCGCCCGGCAGCGGCCACCCCUCCACCUCGGGUAUGGCGGCGGCCGCGGCGCCGCCGCCGCCGCAGCUGCCGCUGCCGCGCGUCGGCUCGCCAGUGUACCUCAGCCCGCGCGGCCUCGCCGCAGGCGCCGCCGGCGGCGGCGCCCCCACCGGCCCCAGCCGCCUCGGCAGCAUGCUGGGUGCCGGCGGCGCGUCGGCGGCGGCGCAGGCCAUUGUCGGCGGCCUGACGGCCGGCGGCGCCGCCGGCGCCACGGGCUCCAGUUCGCCCACCAUCGCGCCCAUUGGCGCCGGCGGCGCCGCCGGCGGCGCGCGGGUGGCGGCGGAGCUGGCGGCGGUGCGUGCGGAGAACGAGGCCCUGCGGGAGGGCUUGGAACGGCUGGGUCAGCAGGUGGCGAGCCUGCGCAGCGGACUGGGCUCAAAUGCAGUGGAGUCGCUCAGCCGCCUUCAGACGGUGGAGGAGGGCGUGGGGUCGUUGCAGGCGCAGGUGGCGGAGCUGGCGGCGGCGGCGCGCGCCGCCGCCGGCCGCACCGGCUCCGACGUCACCUUUGCCGACCUCAACCUGGUGAAGAGCAGCGUGGAGGCGGUGGCGGCGGAGGGCGCCAAGCAGGCGGCGGCGCUGGCGGCGGUGACGGAGCACGACUUGCCGGCGCUGGCGGCGCGACUGGAGGAGGUGGCGGAGGGGUUGAAGAAGGGCGGCGAGCCGCGUGACAUGGACACGUUGUUCCAUGAGCGGCUCAACGGACUGGAGGCGGCGCUGGGGGAUGUGCGCACGGAGCUCAAGGGGGCGAUGGAGGAGCGGCUGGAGGGGGCGCCCACACUGGAGGACCUGCAGGCGCUGGAGGAGGCGCUGGAGGGCCGCGCCAGUGCGGACGCGCUGCGGCAGCUGCAGCUGCAGACACACGCCCUGGGCCAGGCCGUCGCGGGCGUCAGCGACGCACUCGCGCUACGGCCCGAGCUGGGCGACCAGCUGCGUAGCGCCGCACACGCGCUCGGCACCGGCGCCAACGGCGGCGGCGGCGGUGGCCUGGGGCCCAUCGCAACCAAGAUGCGCUGCCUCACAUGUGACCAGCCGGUGGCAAUGCCGGGAGGUGGCGGAGGCGGUGGUGGUGGUGGCGGUGGUGGUGGUGGGAGCCGGCAGGGCGGCAAGCAGGGCGGGAGCUUCUUGCCGAGGCUGGAGAGCAUGCCGGCAGCAAAGGAGGGGCCGCCGGGGGGCCCGGGGCUGGGGAUUGCGGAGCUGCGUGCGAGCAAGGAAGAGCGGCUGGCUGGGCUGAGCGUGGGGGGCACCAGCGGGCACGGGUCGCGAGGUGGCGGCACGCUCAAGGCGGGGGAUCUGGAUGACUACGCGAAUGGGACGGGGUUGGGGAUGGGUUUGGGCGGGGGCCAGGGGAGGGACGGCAGCCCGGGACGGCAGGUGGCGGCGGGGCGCGCGGCGCGGGUGCCGGUGGGUGGCAAGCCCGGGAACCUGGGGCACGGCUCCAAGCCGGUGUUCUUGUGAGCGGGGGCAGGUGUGGUGUGAACGAUAGGUGGGGUGAUGAGUAAGUGUGUGUGUAUGGUCUCUGUGUGUGUAAGGUUGGUGUGAUGGUGGAGAGCGGGUGUGUGGCGCGGGGAUCGCCGGCGGCACAGUGGUGACAGAAGGGGGUGACCGUUGAUACACUAGCAUGUGGUGAUAUGCUGCCGUUGACCAGAGGUGAUCUUGACACAUUGGGCAGGACUUCAGGCGGGCUAUGCAAUGAGCCAAAGCUGCUAGACAGAGCCGACUGACUGGGAGGCCUGACGUGGGCUUCGCAGAUACAUGACUAACUUGACGCAGUGCUUGGUCGGUUGUAGUGGGUGCAAAUCUAGUCACACACAACAACGGACAAGUUGGUACCUAGGCAGUACCCUCACUUGAUGCCGUGGCAAGGGCCACGACGUGACUCAUUGAACUUUGCAAUGCAAGCAGUAAGGUGCUGGCCAUAUAGCAGGGUGCACGCGGCGAAGAGGGGCUCGCAGUGGCGACCAGCGUUGUAAUGUCACUGAACU